AUGGACCCUCUCGUCACUCACACCGUCGGCAAAGAGAUCGUCGACCUGGUCCUCGACCGCAUCCGCAAGCUCGCCGACAACUGCACCGGCCUGCAGGGCUUCUUCGCCUUCAACGCCAUGGGCGGCGGCACCGGCUCCGGCCUGGGCGCCCUCCUCCUCGAGCGGCUCUCGGUCGACUACGGCCGCAAGUCCAAGGUCUCCUUCACCAUCUACCCGGCGCCGCAGGUCUCGACCGCCGUCGUCGAGCCGUACAACUGCGUCCUCUCGACGCACACGCUGCUCGAGCACACGGACGUCACAUUCAUGGUCGACAACGAGGCGCUGUACGACAUCUGCCGCCGCAACCUCGACGUCGAGCGCCCGACGUACACCAACCUUAACCGCCUCACCGCCCAGAUCAUCUCGUCCAUGACCGCCUCGCUCCGCUUCGACGGCGCGCUCAACGUCGACCUGACCGAGUUCCAGACGAACCUGGUGCCUUACCCGCGCAUCCACCUGGCCAUCGCCUCCUUCGCGCCCAUCAUCUCGGCCGAGAAGGCGUACCACGAGCAGCUCUCCGUCUCCGAGAUCACCAAUGCCGUCUUCGAGCCCGCCUCGAUGCUCGUCAAGGUCGACCCGCGCCACGGCAAGUACAUGGCGUGCUGCCUCAUGUACCGCGGCGACGUGGUGCCCAAGGACGUCAACUCCGCCGUGGCGACCAUAAAGACGAAGCGCACGGUCCAGUUCGUCGACUGGUGCCCGACUGGCUUCAAGUGCGGCAUCAACUACCAGCCGCCCACGGUCGUGCCGGGCGGCGACCUCGCCAAGGUGAUGCGCGCCGUCACGAUGAUGUCCAACUCGACGUGCAUCGCCGAGCUCUACUCGCGCAUCGACCACAAGUUCGACCUCAUGUACGCCAAGCGCGCCUUUGUGCACUGGUACGUCGGCGAGGGCAUGGAGGAGGGCGAGUUCUCCGAGGCGCGCGAGGACAUGGCCGCACUGGAGAAGGACUACGAGGAGGUCGGUGCAGAGUCGGCUGAGGGCGAGGGCGAGGAGGAGGGAGAGGAGUACUAG